AUGGACGCUAUCACUGAACACGAUGUUCUGUACGAUGGUGAUAGGAACGUCCACUAUCUGGCCGCCGGACCCAGCGAUGGACCGCUCAUAAUCUUCGUUCAUGGAUGGCCAGCGAUUGCAAAAACAUGGAAGCCCCAAAUAACGACCUUCGCUUCCCUCGGGUUUCGCGUGAUUGCGCCUGAUCUCCCCGGAUAUGGCAAGUCGACGGCGCGCAAGGUGUUGAGCGACUACGCCCAGGUCAAAGUUGUGGAGAGUAUGCUUGCAGUCCUGAAAGCCACUGGCCGCGACAAAGCGAUCUGGGUCGCCCACGACUGGGGUUCCAGCGUCCUGGCUUCUCUGGUAGCGCACCGUCCAGAGAUAUUCAGGGCUCUCGUUACAAUCACUGUGCCUUACCACGCUGGUGAGCUAGGAGUCGAUCAACUCCUAAAAUCGAUCAAUCGCAAAAUCUACCCUGAAGACCAGUAUCCUUACGGACAAUAUGAUUACAUGCGUUAUUACGAAGAGUCGUUCGAUGAAUGUGUUCCCUGGUUCGACAGGCAGAUCCCGGCUAUUAUCAAGGCUUUGUACGGACCUGGAAGCCCUGACGCCGCGGGGAAACCGGCCAUCACCUCUACACUUAGAAAGGAUGGAGGUUGGCUCGGUGGCGUGAAAAACAACUUACCACCUGUUGAGGUUCUACCCAAACCUGUCCUUGAUGAUGAAGUUUUCAACGAAUUGGUGGAUGCAAUGACGAAGACCGGUUUCUGGCCAGGGACCGCUUAUUACCUGCAUUCCGAGAACAACCACAAGUAUAAUACCACCAACCUCGCCAACGAUGGAAAGCUGCACAUGCCCUAUUUGUUUGUCCAUGCCGGCUAUGACACAAUUUGCGACUCGAUAAACUCUGGACUCGCAGAUCCUAUGCGGGAGGCUUGCAGCAAUCUCACAGAAGUGACCAUCCCUGCUGGACAUUGGGUGCCACAUGAAAAGCCUGCAGAAUUCAACGCUGCUUUGGUGCGGUUUAUUCUGGCCGAGGUUUCUGACUUUUGGCCUGGUUUUUCCACUACCCCUUAUGUCAAGACUAAGCCUUGA